AUGGCCACGCAGCCGCCGCCGACCAUUCCCGACGAGCUCCUGGAGGAGAUCUUCAUCCGCCUGCCCACCCCGGACGCGCUCGCCCGCGCCUCCGCCGCCUGCACCUCCUUCCGCCGGGUCAUCAAAGGCCGCGCCUUCCGCACGCUGCAUCGCCCUCCCCUCCUCGGCUUCAUGGACGCGGGCGGAUUCCACCCCGCCCAGGCGCCGCACCCCUCCGCCCCGCUCGCCCCCUGCGGAGCCGACUUCUCCUUCGUCCCGGCCGUCGUUUCUUCUUCGUCCUACUAUGUCCCGCCGGGCGCCCAAGAAGACGACGGGGAAGGCCCACGCUGGCGCCCCUGCGACGUCCGCGACGGCCGCGUCCUCCUCGAUUGGAGAUCCUUCUACCCCCGUUCCGUCCACAUGUGGAGCUACCGCCAAGACUGUGCCCGCCGUCAGGUAAGCAUCCUCAUGGACUCCAGUGAGCUCGGUGACGAAGAACGCUGUGACCGCCCGACGUGGACCAAACAGGAGCGGUGCAACGCUGCCGACUUCCACCUCGCCGUCUGUGACCCGCUGUCCAGCAAAUACGUCUUGCUUCCAACCAUACCUGAGGACCUCGCCGCCCAACCGCAGGAUCGCCUCCAUGGAUUCGAGCCCGUGCUUGCUCCCAACACCAGGGACGACGGCGAGGAAGAUCCCUUCAAGGUGAUAUGCAUAGCAAGAUACAUGACGAAGCUUGUCCUCUUUGUGCUCCCGGCCACAACUAUGCAAUGGUCUAUGCUCGAGCCUCCCACCUCACCUUCGUUGGAACGCAUGUCCUAUUUUGACUGCGUGCGCUGCUGCUUCUACUGGACACGGCCUUAUGGAUGGAGUGACCAUUUGAUGGUGCUGGACACACGCACUUUGAGGUUUUCCACUGUCGACCUUCUCACCGGCUACCAUCUGGAGCUCAGCGAUCUGCCUGACGAGUGCUUUGCCCAUCGUCACGCAAAUGCCGUUGUGAUGGGCCGAGAAGGAGUCCUUGAGAUGUUUUCCCUUGUCGGUCAACAUGGAUCCUUUGUCCUCUACCAUACCUCUCUGAAGAAUAGUUCGCAGCAGUGGAAGCUAGAGAAGAUCAUACAGCUUCCUGGGCAGUAUCAUUCCAUUUGCACAAUGCGUGCAGCCGAGGGAUUCUUGUUCUUCCGAGGCGCUCCGGAAGGUAUUCAUGUUGGGAAUGUGGAUUGUUACUCAAUGGAGGUCAAGACUUAUGAAAUUACCAAAGUCUUCACAAAGAUGGAGAAUACCUUCAAUCCCAGACGUGCCCUCCCAUACUUUAGCUUCCCACCGUUGUUAUCAGAACCAACUAUAUGA